CGUGACGCAUCCGGUGAUGUAACUGACCUGUGUGUGUAACUCUGAUUAGGUGUGUACUGUAUGUCUGUGGCAAAGGGAGAUGGGAUGUGGUGCUACCAAACCCCAACACGAAGAGCUCCAGCUGAAAAAGUGCGACAGAGCAAGCGUUUCAGUUGCAGCGAUGCGGGCGGCGUUACUCAUCCAGCGCUGGUAUCGCCAGUACGUGGCCCGUUUGGAGAUGAGGCGCCGGUGCACGUGGAACAUUUUUCAGUCUAUCGAGUACUCAGGAGAGCAGGAUCAGAUCAAGCUGUACAAUUUCUUCGGCUACCUCAUGGAUCACUUCACUUCCGCGAGCAACGAAAGGAAGCUGAUCUCACACAUAUUUCGUGAGACGGAGGUCUUCCUGGACACGGAAUGGGAGCGCUACUUCUGCUACGAGGACAUCGUGGUGCCGGACGUCUACACCGGGCCUCACCUGACGUUUCCUCUGAGUGUCAGCAAUGUGACCGAUCUAGUGGAGGCAUUCAAACAAAAACAACAGCUCCAUUCUCGGUACGUCCUCCAGCUCCUCGGGGAAACUUGGAGAUUGCUUCGGGUUCUGCCGAACAUUAACAUGGUGUCUACACGCCACAGCAAGGAGAUCACCAUCUGUGGAGACCUGCAUGGACAACUGGAAGAUCUCCUCCUGGUCUUCUAUAAGAACGGCUUGCCGUCCACAGAGACGCCGUAUGUUUUCAACGGAGACUUCGUGGAUCGAGGGAAAGACUCCAUUGAGAUCCUGCUGAUCCUGUUCGCCUUCCAGUUGGUGUAUCCCAACGACAUCCACCUCAACAGGGGAAACCAUGAAGACCACAUUGUGAAUCUGAGGUACGGCUUCACCAAGGAGGUGCUUGGGAAGUACAGGGUUCAUGGGAAGAAGAUCCUCAAACUGCUCCAGAAGAUAUUCAGCUGGUUGCCCUUGGCAACCGUCAUCGACCAGAAAGUGCUGAUUCUUCACGGAGGGAUCUCGGACACCACAGACCUCCAACUCGUCACCAAACUGGAGAGACACCGAUACGUCUCGGCGCUGAGGCCCCCGAAGCGUCCUCGGCAGACCCCGAAGCUCUCGGACGGAGACGAGGAGCACUUUAGCACCUCCAGCAGGAAACGAGUGCGCUCUUUAACGAACGAGCGACGGCCCAAGCAGACCUACUUCAUCCGCACGAGUCGCUCUGUGGAGGAGGAGCUUCAGGAACGGAGGAGGUGGGCGGGGCUUAGCGCUUCCUGCGACAGGCUUAACUUCUUUUCCUCUGACUCGGAUCCCGACUCGGUAGAAGCUCCAGAGACGGACGCAGUGGAGUGGAAGCAGAUAGUGGACAUGCUGUGGAGUGACCCGAUGCCGCAGGACGGCUGCGUCCCAAACGAGGUGCGAGGAGGCGGCUGUUACUGGGGUCCUGACGUCACUCGUGAAGUCCUCGACCGCCACAACCUGCAGCUGCUUAUACGAUCCCAUGAGUGUAAACAGGACGGUUAUGAGUUCUGUCAUGACCGCAGGGUUCUGACCAUUUUCUCUGCAUCUAACUAUUACGAAGUGGGCAGCAACAGAGGAGCCUAUGUAAGAUUAGGACCAGAUUUAAACCCUCAUGUUAUUCAGUAUCAGGCCAGCAGAUCCACCAGAGAGCUGACCCUGAGACAGAGUGUUGGACGGACCGAGCGUUCGGCUCUCCAAGCCUUGAGAGAACAGCUCUUUGCCCACAAGUCAGAGCUCAUCAGUGCCUUUCAGGAGUAUGACCCAGAUCACACAGGUGUGAUCUCCAUGAAGCACUGGGCUGCUGCCAUGGAGACGGUGUUGCGACUCGGCCUGCCGUGGAGAGUCCUGCGGUCCCAGCUGGUGGGCUGCAACACGCAGGACGGCACGCUCAACUACCUCCAGUGGUUAGGAGAACUGGACCUCACCGAGCCCAACAGUGAGCUCGCUCAUACGGGGCUCCUGGAAACCAUGUACAGACAUCACUCCAAUCUAGAGACCAUCUUCAGAAUUAUAGACACUGAUCACUCAGGACUCAUCUCACUGGAGGAGUUCCGUCAGACGUGGAAGCUGCUGAGCUCGCACCUGAAGAUGGAGAUCAGCGACAAAUCCAUAUCAGACCUGGCCAUAAGCAUCGACUUCAACAAGGACGGCAGCAUCGACAUCAACGAGUUCAUGGAGGCCUUCAGGCUGGUGGAGAGCACGGUCGGAGCCGUGACCUCUGACCUUUUACAGAAUAAAAGCCCCUCGUAGACCAUCGAGCCUGGAAUCUAAUGGAGAACCGGUCGAGUCUGAUCACAAAAAUGAUUUGAACAGAUUCACUUUUUGAACACGUGAAUCUCUGGACACAAAAUACUGUAGUGCUUUGAAUUCAGUGGUGUUUUAAUGACGUUAUUAAGAAUCGUUGCCGG